GAAGACACACACAGUCACUAACUGCACACACUGUGCUCGACAAUAGAGACAAGACCACAAGAUAUGGCUAGAAAUACAUGAGUAUGGGAGAACAUCUAGUGCCUGUGUUGUUUAUAACAGCAAAUGUGGGUUCAGUGUUCGAAAAUCGAGAUGGUUUGGAGGAGCGCUGGAUUCGAGAAACAGUGACUACUGUAACAAGAUUCAAGCCAAAGUUAGUAGCACUUCAUUUUCAAGAAAGUGGAGGGAAAGAUUCAGGCGAAGAAUCCUUAGAAAAAGUUAAAGAAUUUGUCCGGAUCUUCAUCGAUCAAUCACUGCUGAAAGAAAAAUUCGACAAAGUGCGAGCAUGGUUCGAUCAAGAUUAUCGUACAAAAGAACAAUAUACGGCUCUUGGCUGUAUAUAUCUGGUAAGCAAGUCUUUAGAGGAUGUGUUUCUCUGGAAUUUCAAAGAAUCUACAUUCUCCAAGGUUGAGGGAGAAGAGAUACAAGUGGGAAAUCUGACAGAUGUCCCUUUCCUGGAGAAAGAAAAAUUUCCACUGGAUUUUUUCCCCCAGUUCAAAUGGUCACGGAAGGGCUUCAUGAGAACAAGGUGGAAGAUCAACAAGUGUGUGUUUGAUUUGCUCAAUAUUCACCUUUUUCAUGAUGCUUCAAACCUGGUAUCCAUUGAGGUGACUCCAUCAGUGUACAGUAAAAAUCGCAUGAGAGCUCUUGAUCAUGUGUUGGACAGAAUAACAAAGAGUUCAAUUCCUGUAGUUCCCCAUACAUUAUUUGGUGACUUCAACUUCAGACUUGACAACAAGAGAGUGGUGGAGUUUUUUUGGAUUUUACAGGCUCUCUGUGCUGGUCUUCCACAGCAACAUAUCAGGAAGGAAGGUGAGAGUACUCCUUCAAAGAUCAUCUACAGGGACAGAAAGAAGGCUGAUAAGGUUUUCCUUACACUGGAACCUCGAAUUUUCAAGUUUCAUGACCAAAGUAUAUUUCGAUACCACAAUGGAAAGAAGUUUUCAAAGUACAACAGAGAAUUUGAUGUCUUCAAAGACAGACUGUUUGAGUUUGAUAUUUCAUUCUAUCCAAGCUAUCCUUUCAGUGAAAAUGUAAAGGAUACAACAGUAUAUAGUGAUUCAAGGUGUCCAUCUUGGUGUGACAGAAUAUUCUUGAGUCACUCAAGCAGAGCCAUAAUUAACCAGAGCAAAGGUUCAUCAGUGGUGUAUGACAUGAUGGGUAAACAAGUCUGUAUGGGAGACCACAAGCCUGUAUUUCUAUAUUUUAACUUGGAUUCUUCUCAAGACACCCUUUCCCAAGGUGGACCUGGACUCGUCAGAAAUGGUGGACCUGUUGAAAUUGUAGAGUAUUUAACAAGUGUUUAAGGCUUCACAAUUUUCUGUCACAUAUGGAGUUUUAACCAUUCAAAAUUAUGCUCUCCAUGUGCAGUAAUUCAGUGUUAAUUUAAGUCUAAAGCAUAUUUAGUGCUCUUUUAGCCAUUAACAGAACUGACUACAUUGAAGUAGAUGAGAUUUGACACCAAGAGGAGUUUCUGUCCUCAGAAUCAAUAAAUUUUCUUGCACAAAGGUGAUGUGAAGAAAAAAACUUAACAAUUAGGGGAUCUUAUUUGAUCUGAUGCUUAAUAUCAGAGCUAAAAUUAUAAGAAAUUUAUGGCCAAAAGUUUAGAAAAUUUUUAUUCAGAUUUUAGGAGUAAAUCGGUUUGUGAGUGGAUUUUAAACAGUUUUUCUUUGCAUGGGAAGAUUACCUGAGGGCUCUGAAGUUCAAACAUAUAACAAACCGUAGAUGGGAAGACAGCAUAACCAAAAAAAAAAUGAAGAAAUAAAUCUAACAAUGCCUUAGAUUAUUAA